CUUUCGAAAUAAAAGCUUUCUCAGCUACCAAAUCCCGCGGAAAGGCCCGACCGAAAACCAAAACCAAAUUUCCUUUCUUUUCAUAUAUAUAAACCUAAACUGCUAAGCAAUCAGCACCUUCGCGCUCCUUUCUCUCAUUUUUACCUAUUUUUCUAAGCAAAAGCGUGUAAUAACGAAGAAAAAGUUCAUUCUUAAAACUAUAAUUCAGAGUAAGAAUCGAAGAAUCGCUUGCGAUCCCAAACACUGUACUCAACGCUUUGAAUCUCUCGCUGUCUGUCUUCCUUUCGAGUAUAUCUCUACAGUUGGGAAGUGAUAAUGGGUGAUAUCAUAUCUGAUAAAACUAUGAAGGAAUUCUACAUUCCAAAUUACAUACUUGUACCUGGUUCAGAGGUCAAAAAUGCUUCACAUAUACCUGCUUGUCCUGUUAUAGUCUUCAUUAAUUCUAAAAGCGGGGGCCAGCUGGGAACAGAGCUUCUUGUUACAUAUCGUGCUCUUCUAAAUGAAAACCAGGUUUUUGAUUUGGGAGAAAUGGCUCCUGAUAAGGUGCUACACCAGCUCUAUGUUACUUUAGAAACUCUGAAGUACAGUGAAGACGUUUUGGCAGCUGAAAUUCAAAAAAAAUUGAGAAUAAUUGUUGCUGGUGGGGAUGGGACAGCGAGCUGGCUCCUUGGAGUAGUAAGUGAUCUCAAGCUACCGCAGCCACCUCCGAUUGCAACAGUACCGUUGGGAACUGGAAACAACAUACCAUUUUCUUUUGGCUGGGGAAAGAAAAAUCCAGGCACAGAUCGUCAAUCAGUGGAAUCAUUUUUGAACCAAGUAAAGACUGCAAAGGAAAUGAAAAUUGAUAGCUGGCAUAUUAUCAUGAGGAUGAGGGCUCCAAAAGAUGGAUCUUGUGACCCUAUUGCACCGCUUGAACUACCCCAUUCUUUGCACGCAUUUCAUCGUGUCUCCCUAACAGAUAAGCUGAAUAUGGAGGGUUACCACACCUUUCGUGGGGGAUUUUGGAACUACUUCAGCAUGGGAAUGGAUGCUCAAGUAUCAUAUGCAUUUCACUCUGAGAGAAAGUUACACCCAGAAAAAUUUAAAAGUCAAUUUGUUAAUCAGAGUACUUAUUUGAAGCUUGGAUGCACUCAAGGAUGGUUUUGUGCUUCUCUACUUCAUCCUUCUUCAAGGAACAUAGCACAGCUGACACAGGUUAAGAUCCUGAACAGACAAGGUCAGUGGGAGGAUCUUCACAUACCUCGCAGCAUCAGGUCUAUUGUUUGCCUCAACUUGCCCAGUUUUUCUGGUGGACUUAAUCCUUGGGGAACACCGAAAAGGAAGAAAUCAGAUGAUAGGGACCUCACUUCUCCAUUCAUUGAUGACGGCCUACUUGAGAUUGUCGGUUUCAGAAAUGCUUGGCAUGGGCUUGUUUUGCUUGCUCCAAAUGGACAUGGGACUCGUCUUGCACAGGCAAAGGGAAUCCGUUUUGAGUUUCGGAAGGGUUCAGCUGACCAUACAUUCAUGAGAAUUGAUGGGGAGCCAUGGAAACAACCCCUCCCAGUUGAUGAUGAUACCGUUGUGGUAGAAAUUUCUCACUUCGGCCAAGUGAACAUGCUUGCUACCGCACAUUGCCAAUCUAAAAGUAUAUACGACCCCACUUCACCUGUUAGUCACCGUGAUGAAGACGAGGAGAAUAGCACUGAAGAUUCCAUGGAAGAUUGGGGAGAGCGCAGGAAGUUUGGUGCAGCUGCUACUUUUAAAUUUCCGGAUGAGUUCGAUAUAUCUCAUCUCAGUUAAGUACCUUUGCAUGUAAAUCAUGCUUUGUCUCAGUCCAUUAGCCGUUAAAUUUUUAUAAUGUCUGUGAAGGAAUUGCAGUAGCCGUGGCCCAAUUAUGUCUACUGCAGCCACGUAGUGAUAUGCUGUAUGCUAUUGGCAGUGUAGAUUCUUGUAAACAAUUUUUCUCCAAUAGAAAUUUGAAAUCUUUU